AUGUCUCUUCUUCUCUCUGUGUCCUCCUUUCUUCCCCGUCAGUUCUCUCUGUUCGGCUAUCGCUCCACCACCAAGACCACCAACCCUCCCACUUCAUCCUCCUCCUCCUCCUCGCCCAUCAUCCCUUCAGUCCCGGUGGUGAAGAGGGCAGAUCGACUGUCCGGCUCCGGGCCUCCCGCCCUGAGCAAAGCCGAGUUCUUGGAGCGUGUCCGUCACAGUAACCAGGCCUGCCAGCAGGGGGAGUUUGGUCUGGCGGUUCGUCUCUACAGCGAGGCCCUGACCGCCGACCCGCAGAACUGCAUCCUGUACAGCAACCGCUCUGCAGCCUAUCUCCGCCUGGGCCAGUACAGCACUGCUCUGGACGACGCGAUCAAAGCACGCCUCAUCAACCCCAAAUGGCCGAAGGUAAGAGGUUUGACCCUCACUGACCCGUCGUCGCUCAAUCCCACACUUCCGAUGAGAGUUGCUCAUCUAAAAGUUCACAUGAGAAGACACACAGGCGAAAAGCCGUACUUUUGUAAGACCUGUGGGAAAAGAUUUAGUGACCUUUCGGCAUCUUCAAGACAUAUGACAAUCCACACUGGUGAAAAGCCACAUUUUUGA